AUGUCGAGAUACGCCAAACCUGAGCGCCACAUUGUUGCAGCUGCGCGCCGGCUGCGCUACGACCCCUGUGUAGCCCUGUGUCCGAAUCCUGAGGAUGGCCGGGCCCACCCCGAGGAGGCCAAGAGCCGCUCUUUGAGGGAGAAGACUUUCAUCCCUCCCAUCUCCACCCGUCUUUCAGAAGGUCAACGCGUUCUAUGCCAACGCGCUGCUCGCACCGGCAUUGAUAAGACCACUACUAGGUCAGGCUUCUGCUUCUGUUGCCUCACACAGCCUGCAUACAGCACUGGGUGCAAGAGAUAUCAAGGGAUCAUGAAAGAGUGUGAGCAUUGGAAAAGAGGUGCCUUGUCGGAUGGAAUCCGGCGCUGCAACUGCGGUCGGCGGCCGGUGCUUGCCUUGGCCCUGGUCGCUUACACUGCCGUCGCACUUUGCACUGGUGCUGCUGAGGCUGUGCUGGACGGCGUGUCUGUAGAGCUGAUGCGGAACACGGGGCGCUCCGCAACAGAGGUGCAGGCUAAGUCUUUCUCUUCUAAAACGGCCGGCAGCUUAGCUGCCUUUGCAGCUUCCCCGCUGAUGCUUAAAGUUUUUAGUAGCCACUACAUAGUUGUUCGGGUUUGCGCACUGGUGCCAUUAGCAACCGCCAUCGCAACGCUGGCCACGUUUCCAGCUUUCGAGCUUCCUGGCCGUGUGUGUACAGGCACGAACGCACAUCCAGAUGCUUCCAGCGGCCAAAGACAGCUUUGCCGGCUUGUGCCCAGAGGUGCCUGGUUUGGUGCAAUUUUUCUCUUUGUGCGCGGGGCAAUGCCCACAGAAAGCGACACGUUUUCCGGAUUCGUGUCUACAAAGGUGAGCGGCGUUUGGGUGUCCAUCAUCUUCGCCUGCUCGAACUUGGGGUCCCUGCUGGCACUACUGAGCUUUCAGGGCUUGCCACAGUGCCGGCGGCAGCUUGUCCCAACCAUCGUCGCAACGGCUCUUCUUGCUGCCUGGGGCCCCAGUGGCAGCUCCAAAUCAGACAGACUAGCGACUAGUGGCUGCAAGUCCGGGAAUGCCAUUUGUGAUUUACCACGUACAUGCGUACAUGUGCUUCUGCUAUGCUGGUUAGGUCUCUUGCCAACUUUGUUUCACGUUCGCAGCUUGACUGCUCAAGUACCGCUUCCGCGAGUACCAGCAAAAGGUCCGCUAGCACCUGGGGGUUCUAGUGUUGCCUUUCUGCUGAGCGUCAACCUAACGGCAUUAAUCUCCGAUCGUCCUGCUUUGCUUGCUCUGCUUUGCAACGAUCUACGAUUGGUUGCCCAGGGCUUUGUGACCGAGAGUUAA